AUGGACAAGUGGAAGGAUGAGGAGCUCGAACGCAUGAAGAUUGGUGGGAACAAGCGAUUACAGGAAUGGUUCGAUGCACGCGACGUACCUCGCAGCGCCACCAUGCAAGAGAAGUACAACACGAAAGCUGCAGCACUCUACCGCGACAUGAUUGCAACGGAGGCGCGAGGGGACAAAUGGAACGAGGCCACGAGCCCAGCUCAAUCUUGGGUCCCUCCAGCGUAA